AUGACGACAAGUAGAGAGCUGAUCUCGGCCGAGCAGGUUAAGAAGAACGCCUUCGAUCAUGCCCUGCAUGGAGGCUCCGGCAAGACCCAAGGUGGCAUCCGGUCCAUGAUGGGCAAGGACAACGCCGCGCAUGCCGUCGCUGUCGAUGAGUACUUCCAACACUGGGAUGGCAAGAACGCCGAAGACGAGACGGACGAGAUCAGGCAGGCUCGCACAGCAGACUACGCGAGUCUCACCAGACAAUAUUACAACCUUGCAACAGACCUCUAUGAGUAUGCCUGGGGUGCCUCAUUCCACUUCUGCCGGUUCGCUUACGGCGAGGCGUUCUCUCGCGCCAUCGCCCGCCACGAGCACUACCUUGCGCACAACAUGGGACUGAAGGGUGGCAUGAAGGUUCUUGAUGUGGGCUGUGGCGUUGGCGGGCCGGCCCGUGAGAUGGUCAAGUUCACCGGUUGCCAUGUGACAGGUCUGAACAUCAACCAGUACCAAGUACAGCGGGCGACAAACUAUGCUGCCAAGGAGGGCCUGUCUCACAAGCUUGACUUUGUUCAAGGCGACUUCAUGAACAUCCCCUUCCCUGAUAACUCUUUCGAAGCCGUCUACGCCAUCGAAGCCACGGUCCACGCACCGUCAUUAGAAGGCGUGUACAAGGAGAUCUUCCGCGUUCUAAAGCCUGGCGGUGUGUUCGGUGUCUACGAGUGGCUCAUGACCGAGGAGUUCAACAACGACGACCUCGAACACCGUCGCAUCCGCCUGCACAUCGAAGAGGGCGACGGUAUUGCGCAGAUGUUCAAGAUCUCCGAUGGCCUCGCCGCGAUCAAGGCAGCUGGAUUCGACCUCGAACUUCACCACGACCUUGCAGCAUACGACGACGGCCCGGCGCCAUGGUACUGGCCCCUGGACAGUGACCUGAGUUACGCCCAAACAUUGUGGGAUGCGCUGACGGUCCUGAGGAUGAACAAGUGGGGUCGAGUGGUCGCGCACAACUUCUUCAGCGUCCUCGAGACUGUCCGUGUCAUUCCGGUCGGCACUAGAAAGACGGCGGAGAGUCUGGGCAAAGCGGCUGAUGCGCUCGUAGAGGGUGGCAAGAAGAAGUUGUUUACGCCGAUGUACCUCAUGAAUUAA